AUGGCAGAUGCUAUCAAGUCCUCAUCUAGGCCUCAAUAUUGUCAAGAAGUUUCCUGGUAUCCUCUGAGCUACAGAUGGCCUAGUGUAAUCUUUAACCAACACUUUGGCCUAGCUCCCUUAUUGGACCCCAGAGACCUUAGCUGGAUUGAAGACAUCAUCAGAAGGUUGGGGACAUCUGCCUGGCCUGGGUACUUGCGAACAACUGUGCUCAGUCCCUUUACUCAGGCCCCAGGACAGCAAAUCUCCAAGCUGCACAGAGAAAUGAGUGGAGGCAUUUCGGAAGUGGCUGGUGAGACGUGCAAGUGGAAAAUAAGUUUGGAUGUCAAUCACUUUGCUCCCUCCGAGAUUACGGCAAAAAUACAGGGUGGAUUCUUGGAAAUUGCAGGAAAGCAUGAGGAGAGACAAGAUGAGCAUGGCUACAUUGCUAGAUGUUUUACAAGAAAAUACAGGCUUCCAGUUGGUGUAGACUCUGAAAAUGUCCAGUCGCUAGUUUCUGUGGAUGGCAUUCUUACUGUGGAAGCACCAUUAACCAGCAUUCCCCUCCCUGCUGAUGUCAUUAUCCCCAUCCAGGUGGAGGCACACACCAUUGGUGGAAAACAACAGAAUGGUGACAAGCCCCAAGACAGUGUUGAAGCCGAGGAGAAACCAGAGUCAUUUGAGACCUCAGCUGUACCUGCAGAACAUCUUGAAGUUGCUCAGGAACCUGAGGGAUAUCCUGCAGACCAGCAAAUUGUAUCUGAUUCUACCCAUCCUGAAGUAGGCCCAUCUGGAGAAUCACCAGCUCAGUCCAUCACAGAGCCAGCACCAGGUACAUUGGAGUCUGGAAGAGUUGAGGUUGAAGAAUCCAGAGAUGUCAUUGAAGAAGGAGUAUUUCAAGAGGCAGUUGAAGACAUUGAGAAAGCCAGAGAGGAAGUCCAUGAGUUUGCAGACAAGCCCCAGGCUCAAGAGACUCCAGACACAGUCAUCUCAGAGCAAGUAGAGCAGGCAGAGAUCAUCCAGAAUGAGCAGCCCCUGGAGCUGGAGGGUGAAGGUUAUACAGACCCUGCUGUGACAGAAGAUGAGCAGUCAACCUUUGGGCAAACCCAAGAGGUGUUUGACCCUCAGCUGGUGCUCCAAAAGGAAAUGGAUGUAGCGCAAACGAAAGUGACCAAGUAGGAUUUUGGCCACAAAACAACAACAUCCCCUGCUUAUUUUUUAGCCAAUUAAAGGUGAAGUAUGUCAUUUUUUCGAUUGUUUUAUUUAAAAUACUUUCUCCUAUCCCAGCUUAAUAUGCAGAGACUAUAAGUCUAUACUAUAAGUAAGCCAUUUGAAGGUUAAUUCCCCUGAAAUGUGUAAACACUAUGGCUCCAUAGCUGGGUUUCCAUCUAAAUGUUUUUAAUUUUUUAAGCGCAUUUCUAAAAAUUAGACUAAAGACGAAUUGUUGCUCGUUUUCAUCCACUACGUCAAAUGCAUUGUCUUGAUGGAGCAGCUGAAUGACCUCCUUGCUUCGGGAAGAGUUUUAUUUGCAGGAUUAGGGCAAUUGUACCUAAUUUUAUUAAAUGCUUCCAGGAGACACCGCAGAAUGAGUGUAAUAUCUCAAAUAAUAAGGGCUGAAAUGGCUACGAUGCCCACACAUAACCAGCCAUGCUCAAAACUGCUCUGGUGAAAUUGUGAGGAACCACUUUAACAAUCAGCUGUGGGUUAAACUCUUCCAAAUGUCCAGGGCUAUGUUAGAAGAAUUGUGUGCCAAGAUCUGACCUUUUUUUGGCCAGUCACAUCAAGCUUUCGCGCACUCACAAGACGUGCACAAAUGAUCAAAACAUCACGUCAUCGUUUUACGAAUAAACUGUUUUCAUCAACUUAAUGUGCAUUUUAACUAAUGCGAAACUCUUGAAAAUCCUCCUCCUCCUUGCGCAUUAAAUUUUAGGAGAGUUUUGAGAGUUUAUUCGCAUGUCAAGCGUUUCCAUUCAGGAUUUCUUAUGCACAAUUUCAAAAUGAGCAUAAAAAUAAUUAGAUGGAAACACAGCUUAUGAUGCUAUCGAUCGAGGCUAUCUGUUUUUCCAACCAAUGGCAGAUGUAGGGUGUGUUCAGGAAACCUGUUUAAAAACUAUUUGAAAAUUCCAAAUGGUGAUGAUGGUUGUGCAAAAAUGAGAGACUUCACCUUUAAUUUUCAUAGUUUGUUUUUGAAUUUAC